CCUUCAUUACCAGAGGGAGAAAGAGCAAGUGAGAAUUUCAUGUCCAUUCUGGAAAAACAGAGUCUGGUAUUCCUUUUCCCUCUCCUUCACAUCCAAGCUGAUCUUUAUUCCAAAAUCGAAGAAGAUCCCACUGUCACUGCUAUCUACAAAUGGGUCAAGGAUAACGUCGAGUCGUCGUGGCACACCAAUCCGGAAUUUAUUAAUGUGCUUGCCACUUGCUUGUUAAAAUACGCCACCAAGGACAGUACCCUAAGUGAGGGCCUGGACCCUACACAGGCCCCAGAAAAGGACUGGAUGGAGAAAGAGAAGGCGGCCAUGAAGAAAUUACUUCCUUUGGUGGAGAAGUUUGUUCACGAGAAAAGCGAAUUGCAAGUCAGCGUAUUGUAUGCACUGCAAGUAUUUUGUCACAACCACAGUUUUCCAAAAGGUAUGUUGCUGCGCAUGUUUGUGUUGUUGUACGAUACAGAAGUUGUGGAGGAGGACGCGUUUUUGAGGUGGAAAGAAGAUGUGAGUGAGAAGCAUCCCGGCAAAGGAAAAGCUCUCUUUCAGGUUAACUCGUGGCUGACUUGGCUGGAAACCGCUGACGAAGAAGGAACAGACUCUGAACCCGAGUAACCAGGCUACAUCCAUGUUUUGAUGGAAGCCUAAGUUGUGCAGAGAAGUGCAUUCAGAGUGAAUCUCUCCCGAAAAUAAGACGCUAGCAAGAAAAAUUGAAGUAUAAAAAUAGAAAAAAUUGAAAAAUUGAAAGAAAUGCGUGAAGAAUGCACUGAAUAGAACUUUAAACUCAUCGCUUUGUGUUCCAAACUGAGGUAAUUCUCAGUGUAGCAUGUAAUAGUCUUGUAACCGCGCGCAGUUCUGCUCUAGUUUUAUUUAGUUUGGUCUCUUAGUGUUAAUUACCCGGACUAAGAUAUUUUGUACAAAUGUGUCGCCAGUAAACGCUGUAUGAUUUGGUAAAAGCUGAAAAGUGUGACAAGGGAAACUCUAAUGCGAAUAGCUGAAGUAAUAUUUCCCUGGAAAUCAGGAGCUUAAAAUUGUUCGCUUAAUGUAAUGAUUUUCAGAUUGCACAUCAAUCAGCAAUGGUUAGAGUAACUGUAAUUUUUUUCGGUAUAAUUUGUGUAGAUUUUUAAAAUUUGUUUGCGUAUUUGUUUGGUUCUUUUUUUUUUUUUUUGCGGAAAUAUAAAUCUUAGGUAGUAUUGUGUUCACACUGCUUGAAUCCCCUUGCAUCUUUCACAGUGAACACCGACAAGACAUUUGCAGAGUGCUGGUAAUUCUGACUUAAUAGUAUGUUAAAAGAAAUAUCCUUUACCCGGCAUGAGCCAUGCAACAAGGAAUCUAUUUGCUCUCGAAUUUGAUGACCAUUUUUCCUUCAGUGAUCUUGUCUUUCUCUCUUUUGUUUGUUUUGUUUAUUAACGAAAAGAAAGGAAAUCUUUUGAAAAUCCCUGGCUCUUAAAACACGCCUCUUAGCCUGCCGGUACGCCCUCAUUAUCAGGGCUGCUGAACGCACGGUUAUCCGCCCGCGGGAUCGUUUGAGACGUGCUAGGGAGAUGUUUGACGGGGUCUGGCACUAAUUAUUAUCAGUGAUAGACCUCUGCAGACAUCUCGCGGGCAGGCGUUGUUCAAGGCGUCAUAUUUUCCUGCGGGCGAAGGAACACUCGUGCUGAAGCGCUGGUAAUGAGGGCCAGCUCACAGACUGCACCCUUUUAGCGAACAACCACUCAACUCAAUCUAGCCCCGCUGCCUGAUAUUAGUAGCAUAGAAUUCCUUUUCGGCCUUUUAAUGUAAUAAGUGAGGAAAUAAAAUAUUGUCUAGUGUAAA